AUCAUAGAUUGGAAGUGGGGAAGACUAGGGUGCGAUAUGCACUGGAUUAUCUUUUUAUAAAAAAAAACACACACACACUCUUUUCUUUUCCUUUCAAGUUCCAAUUUGAUCUGGUGUGUACAGUUCCAUAAUAUUCCUCACAUAUUUUGUGUUUUCAUAGUGCGUCAUAAGUUUAGUUGCGCACCGUAGUCUUCACCGAAGAUCAAAGGACAUUGCAACCACUUUUCUUGAUAUCGUCAUCAACAAUACAUGGAAGGAUUUGGAAAUGCGUACCCCAGUUAUGUCCCAUCCGAACUGGUGAGUUGUUCAUCAAAAGGUAGAAAUGUAACAUACCAUUGCUAUUUGAUGGAGUUGGAGCAGCACUACGAGUAUCAGGUGUCGGUUAAUGACAUUGUACUUGCAAUUAGGAGUGAACUUGACUCAGAAAUUGUAGACACAUUAUCAGGCACAUCAUUUGAUGUGAAAAGGGGAAAAUUGUUAGUGAACCUCAGACAUUUGGAACCCAUUCAACUUAGCCCAGAAAAGGUUCAAAGUUGUAGAAGAUUUCAGACUACCCUCUUUAGGAUCCUCCUAAAUCGGGACGUUACUAAGUUAACAAGUGUUUCAGAUGAUUUCAGUUUGGGAGAUAAUCCUGAAAUUGAUUUUCUUCUGCUCCCAGCCACUGUUAAACACCAGAGACCUUCAAAUUCGAUUAUUGAUUGGAAGCCUGUUUUAUCGGUUCCUUUUUCAUCUGAAAGUACCUGUGAUUGUAAGGAUCAUGCAUGUAAUGUGAGGAUUCGAAAUGAUUCAGUUUGCUCUUGCAAACUUGAAAAUUGUGUAGUCUACACUCCUCAUAAUGGUAGUAUUUAUAUCAUUUAUACCACUGAUGGUACAAAGAAAUUGAAUGGAAAUUCAACUCUAAACCAAGGACUUAAGGGAAUUACUACUUACAAGGAGCACUUCAAAAAACGCCACGGGAUUGAAUUGGGUUUUGAACAUCAAUCCCUACUUCAUGGAAGGAAUCUUUUCAAAGUGGAGAAUUACCUUCUGAAGACCAGACAAAAGACGGAGAAAGGAAAAAAUAUGAGCUCUGUUGACUUGCCGCCAGAAGUUUGUUCUGUAAUCAUGUCACCAAUAUCAAUCGGUACCAUAUAUUCAUUUUCUUUUAUUCCAUCAAUCAUGCAUUGGCUUGAGGGCUUGCUCGUUGCUUUCAACUUAAAAAGGAUGCUCUUGGAUCAUUUCACGCCAAAUGAUAUCCCAAUCAGCAAGGUAUUGCAAGCAAUAACUGCAAAGGGAUGUGAAGAGGCCUACGAUUAUGAUUACUUAGAGACACUUGGAGAUUCUUAUCUGAAAUACAUUGUUAGUCAACAGCUUUUCAAGACCAAUCAAAAUGAUCGGGAGGGCGCCCUUUCAGACAAGAGGAAGAACAUCAUUUCCAAUGAUGUCUUGUUUAAGUAUGGGUGUACCCGCCCACUUCCGGGUUUCAUACGGAAAGAUAAAUUUGAUCCAAAGCAGUGGGAUGUACCCGGUGAUAAGUCAAACAGUAUUCUCUUGCUAAAACAGAAGUUGGACUCCAGUAGAACAAGAGUAUAUGUUCGAAAGACGAGAGAAAUAGACUUGGGAAUCAUUGCUGAUGUUGUUGAGGCACUAAUUGGUGCCUUUAUUAGCACAGAAGAUGAAAAGGCUGCUUUAUCGUUUAUUAAUUGGAUUGGUAUCAAUGUUGACACCAACAUUAUGCCGUAUGAGAAUGAGAGGCACAUUAGCAUUAUUGCCCCAGAGGAGCUUGUAAAAGCCAAACUUUUAAAAUCCCGGCUGAACUACUCGUUUAAAGACCCUUAUCUUUUAGUAGAGGCUCUCACCCAUAGUUCUGGCAAACGGCCAGAAAUUCGGACAUGUUAUGAGCGACUAGAGUUUCUUGGGGACGCAGUGUUGGACUAUGUCAUCACUAUGCAUUUCUACAAGGAAUAUUCUAAUGACAAAUUCUCAGCAGAAUUUUUCACUAACAUGAGGUCUAUUUCUGUGAACAAUGAGUGUUACGCACUGUCAGCCAUUAAAGCCAAGCUGGAUGAACACAUACUCUGUGACUCGGUAGUAAAAAAUAACAUUGCCCAGACAAUGGAAGGUGUUAAGAACUUAUCUUUGGAAUCAACUUUUGGAUGGGAGCUAGAAACAUAUUUCUGUCAGGUGCUGGCAGAUGUUAUAGAAUCUAUAGCAGGAGCGAUUUUUGUUGAUUCAGGGUACAAGAAGGAGGUUGUUUUCCAAAGCAUAAAGCCCCUUUUGGAACCCCUUGUUACACCUGAAACAGCAAGGAGACAUCCUAUUAGUGAGUUGCACGAACUAUGCCAAAAAAAAGGCUACAAAAUGAAAGUAUAUCCCCCCGUCCGCGUCAACGGUGAAACUUCAGUUACAAUUGAGGUGAAAACCAACGGGAUCACUUACAAGAAUAAUCCUCCUGCUAAAGCAUCUAAUAACGAUACAGCUCGUAAACUGGCUGCCAAGGAUGUUUUAAAACAAAUUAAGGUAACCGAAUCCAAGUUAUUGAUGAAUAGAAGGCGAUUUUUAUUCUCUUUAUUAUCGGCAGUCUUUUUGUUUUGUUGGUGUGUAGAUGAAAUAAUUUAUCAUGUAACAAGGAAGUGAUUUUUGAAACCGCUUUUAAGUGUUUAAAACUGUUGUUUG